UUUAAGUGCGCGUCGCUGGACCCGGACCGAAAUUUGUGCCCGCUGCUAAUUGCGGUCGACCGUUUCGACCGUGUCGCGUGGUUAAACACUCCGACCAAAACCUCUCGUAAGACUAAACACCUAACCGGAGACGUGUUUGACGCGCAUCGUUUCUGUGUGAGUGUAUUGUGUGUAUGUGACGCCUUGGCAGGGAAAGCACGUGGAAACCAGCAACUUGUUGCUCACUACCUCGCACACUAGUAGCAAAUCCGAAAUCCAAAGCGUGUUUUUCAUUUAAUAUUCACCCUGUGAAAAUAUCAAAAUUUAAUACAUUCGAACACGUGUGCUGGUAGUGGAGGUGCCAAUUUAAUUAGUGAAGUGUUCCAAAAGUGAUCAAAACCACACGCCGCUUGUGAAUUUGCGAACGUGCUUCGUGCACAAAGCGCCACAAAUUAAAAACUACCAAACCGGCAUCGAACGCGCACGUUCGCGGAUUAGACACACGAGUUUAUUAACAUAUCGCGAGAAACAUAAUUCCGCUGUCUUGUACAUGUCGCGCGUAUUGAAGUAUGGAAUAAAAUUAUAGCUGAUCAAAGUGAAUCGGGAGCGUCUUACAUGUGCGCUGUGCGGAUUGCGAUAUGCCUUCUGGAUGGUACGUGACCUUUGUGCGCACUGCUUUGCGGAACAAACAUGCCGGAAGGAAUUUUGCGCUCGUUUCCUAACGUUCAGUAUUUGUGUUCCUUUGGCGCCAUCUGUAACGACCACACAACAAGAACGGAUUUCAUCAAACAGCAACUUCAGCGUAUGAAGAUCCAGUCUGAGACUAAACGAACCGAUAUUCUUCUUCUUGUGACACUUUCGGGCAUCAAAGUAUGCAGCUCAGAUCAAACAGUCGUGUAUAUGGCCCACGCGCUGCGGCGCAUCUCGUACGCUACCUGUGAUCCUGACGAGCGACUCUUCAGCUUUCUGGCGCGCGAACCGAGGGGCCACUUCUCACAGCAGUACUGCCAUUCGUUUCGUACCGUCAGCGCUCGGCAGGCCGAGGAACUCAACGCAAUCGUGGGGAAUGCAUUUCGCAUGGCGUAUGCGGCGCAGCUGCAGAAACAGCCAACCUUCCAAGAUGUAAUUGCAUCGCAACUCGAUCAAACGCACACAUCGGAUAAAGUGCUCUGGGCUAAGGAGUUGUCGAACGCGCUGAAGAAGGAAAAGACCGGCAUGAUCAACAAUCAAACUGAUUCAAUGGAGGUUCAGUUGAAUAAUGCCGAUGCAGUCGGAGGUGUCGGCGGUGGUUUGAGACUAGCACCACCGAGUUCCAUUCCAGGAUUAAACGUUAUGCACAAAUAUAAUGUGCUGGGUUCAUCAGACAAAAGUCAUUCUGAGCAGAGUACACCUAGCAGUGAUGAAAGCAACUCUCCAACUGAGAUGAACUCUUAUAAGAGAAUUGCUGAGAAACCUCCAUUGAUUAAGCGAUUGGCUAUGGGUUUUACCAACAAUCACCAUCAUGAAGACGAUGAUAGCUGCCCUUUGGUAAAUAACGACAGCUCUUUGAAUAGCACACCUGUAAGUCCCACCAAUCGUCCGCUUAGUGGAGGGUAUGUCAACGAGACUGUCGCUGAUUCAACAAGCAAGUUGGAAUGUAUCAAGAAUGAUGUGAGAUCCAACCUGAAUGAGGAUAAUCGGAACAACCUGCAGAAUUUGCCAGCGCAAGUGAACAUCCAGGAUUACAAGAUGAAGCGCAUCUCACAGGUUAGUUCAACUUCAAGUGGAUCCUGCUCGCAAAACCUGGGUACCGAGGGUAACCUAGGGUUUACACCGACUCCGCCCCCAUUGCCGGAAAGGAGUGAUUCGUUGAACAACCAGGAGGAAGAUGAGUUACGGGGAGCACCUUGGUUUCAAGCUGGUAUCCCCAGGGAAAUUGCUCUGGAGAUUCUAGGCCAGGAACCAGUCGGGGCUUUUAUGGUACGAGAGAGUACCAGUAAGAUUGGUUGUUUUGCUUUGUCUCUACGCGUUCCCCGUAACUUCCAACAAACGGGAAUUGCUCAUUAUUUGAUUGUGAAAACCAACAAAGGAUAUAGAAUUAAGGGAUUUACAAAAGAGUUUGGCACUUUGACGUCCCUAAUCAUUCAUCAUUCCGUAAUGCAGGAACUCUUGCCCUGUCCACUAUCACUCAGUCGGUACAACCCAAUUUUUGAGCGAACGGAGUCAACCCAUGACUUCGUUGACAUCGAUAUCGACCCAGAAUAUAAUACGUUAGCCGAUUUCCGCAAAAUGAUGGCUGACCUCAAUGUUUAAGCUGAUGUUCCCAACGAUUUUAUCAUCGUCCGUAUUGCUGUUCCUAUCCACAGUGUCAAUUUCCUCUCGUGGUGGACGAAAACGGCGCGAUUCAACGAAAGUGGGUGACGACGUGACGAGUUAAAAGACACUUCUGUGUGUACCUUGUGAUACCUUGCAUUUAAAGCAUGUUAAAUAUCCUAUAAUAUAAUAUAAACAAGUUAAUCCACCGGAUUAAUUUCGAUUCAACUCAAGCAUGAUUGUAGUUGUUAUCCCGGCGUGUAUUGAUCAAAAAAUAAUAUCAAUCACUCCAAAGUGUAAAAUCAUUAUCAUUAUUACGCGAUGUAUGUGACACAAAUCACUUAUACUCUUUUAUUGGAUCGUGUGAGCUACUACGCAUGCGUAGUGAGAGUAUAAGGUAUUUGUUACUACCCGAUCGAUAAGUGAUUGUUUGGACCAAUGACAUUCGUUGAGAUUUUUUUAAGUUGCAUAAAAUCACAUUAGAAAACAACCUAGUCUCGUGUAAGUGUUAUUGUACAUAUAAAAGUUAAAGUUGUAUUGCGAAGGGAAAACCAUAAAACUGAUUAGGAAAGCAUGAAAAUUACGAUUAAGAAGUAUUGAUAAGCGAACAACGUCGAGCGUUACUAGAUUUUAUAAAAUUAGGCAAUUUGGCAUAAUCAAAAGAUUUUUUACAAAAUCAAACAAAAAAAGAAACAUUUUUAAGAAUUUGAUAAAGACCUUUUCAGCGUGCAUAGGCAACGUGAGUAUAUAUAAUUUGUAAGAACUAAAGAAAUUAAUUGUUAAUAUUUAUUUGUUGCUGAUGUCAUGGUUUCGAUGAGCCACGUACGAUGACAUGACUAAAAGUAUUUAAAUUGACUAGUCACAAUCCAUUUGGCAAAAUUUAAACUAAGAUAUUUCAAGUACGUUGCAAAUUAGGAAGAUUUUUGCAAAUAUGCACCGAUUGGCAGAAAGAAUGAUUUGGUUACGUUCUUGAUAUAACAUUAGCAUUUAUACAUCCCUUCAACUCGACUCACCACAAAUAUGACCGUAAAUUGCCGAUGUUACUAUGUGCUUUUUAGAAGAAAAUGAAGAAUAACAAACUGUUUUAUUGUCUUGAAAUUGUCUAACCCAUUGAAAUAUAGCUCGAGCAUUUGAAACGUUAAUAACCACCUCUGGUUUUGUUACAGUCAAUUUGUUUAUUGUACGUAAAAAAAACAUGCAGCAGUUAUUAUUAAAUAUUAUUAAAUCAUGAAUAUUACAUUUUAAACAAGAUUUUGUUACAAUGAAUGAAAUUAUUUAAGUUAUUGACGUUUCGUGUUUCGAGCACAACUCUGUGUAUGAUGUUAACAACUUAUUUAUUUGUCCAAUUAUUUUGUAAUCCUGUAUUAAUUAAAUAUGAUUGUUUAAUGGUG